AUGGCCGCUCCUACGCAGCUUGCUUUCCGAACGGUCAAGGGCAUUGGCAUUCUCGAUGCAGCCCCUGUUUAUGAGUCUUUGCCCGGGUUUACGAGACCUGAGGGAAACCUCCGUUGUGCAGCUUAUUCCCCGUGCGGUCGGUAUUAUGCGUGGGCGUCUCCUGACAAGGUGACCAUUAUCGACCCCUCCGUCGGACACGCCGUCUCUACCAUCCCCGCCGAGAACGUCUUCGAACUGGCCUUCUCGCCCCUCGGAUCCUACCUCAUCACCUGGCAGCGUCCGUCGAAAGACGCCAACGGAGACGCUGUGAAAAACCUCAAGGUGUGGCGCGCGGUCGGAGACGAGCACACGGUUGUGGGCAGCUUCGUGCAAAAGUCGCAGACCGGUUGGAACCUACAGUACUCGGCGGACGAGAAGCUGUGUGCUCGCGUGGUCACCAACGAAGUCCAGUUCUACCAGAGCGAGAACCUGUCGACGGUCUGGAACAAGCUGCGCGUGGAGGGGGUGGCGGACUUUGCGCUCUCGCCGGGAAAGAACAGCCAGUCGAUUGCGGUUUUUGUCCCCGAGCGUAAGGGACAACCGGCUGCGGUCAAGGUGUUCGUUGUGCCGCAGUUCGGUGCGCCGGUGUCGCAGAAGAGUUUCUUCAAGGGUGAUAAGGUGCAGUUGAAGUGGAACGCUCAGGGAACUACUUUGAUUGUGCUUGCGCAGACCGAGGUCGACCGCACGGGCAAGAGUUACUACGGUGAAACCACCUUGUACUUGCUCAGCUCUAACGGUGGCUUCGACUCGAGAGUGGAACUGGACAAGGAGGGACCGAUCCAUGAUGUGUCGUGGUCGCCCAACUCGCGCGAGUUUGGUGUCGUGUACGGUUACAUGCCGGCCAAGACGACCAUCUUCAAUUUCCGCGGUGUGCCCAAGCACACCUUCCCCUUGGGACCUCGCAACACCAUCCUAUUCUCGCCGAGCGGACGCUUCGUGUUGGUGGCUGGAUUCGGUAACUUGGCUGGCCAGAUGGACAUCAUCGAUGUGGACAAAGACUACACCAAAGUCACGACGGUGGAAGCGUCCAACGCCAGUGUGUGCGAGUGGUCUCCCGAUGGCCAGUACAUCCUGACGGCCACGACCAGCCCGCGUCUGCGCGUGGACAACGGUGUCCGUAUCUGGCACGUCAGUGGCAGCCUCAUGUACAACGAGGACAUGCACGAGCUCUACGACGUCUUCUGGCGCCCCCAACCCGACGUCCAACAUAACGCCGGCCCAGCUGACCCGCUCAAGAACCCUCCCGCCCCGCACCCCUCCGCGCUCGCCUACCUCAGCACCCGGAAAGCCCCCGUCAAGCCCGCCGGUGCCUACCGACCCCCUGGAGCGCGCGGCCAGACAACACCCUUAGCCUUCAAGCGUGAAGACGAGGGCGGAGCCGCAUUCAUCCGCGACGGCGCAGGCUCCGGCGUCGCCUCCGCAAGCAGCUUCGGCAAGCCCCGCCGCCGCGAAGUCCCCGGCGCUGAUCCCGAGUACCUCCCCCCAGGCGCCGCCCCAGGCGGUGGCGUCCCACUGCCGGGCUCCGAGCAAGAAAAACUCUCUAAAUCCGCCGCCAAGAACAAGAAGAAGCGCGAAGCCAAGAAGAAGGAGGCAGACGACGCCGCGGCCGCCGCGGCCGCUCAGAAGAACGGUAACCGCGCUGCUAAUGCCAACGGCGCCAGCAAGGGAAACAAGACCAACGGCACCGCCAAGGCCGUCGAGCAACCCGCCGAACCUGCUCCUGCCCCUGUGGAAGAACCGGGCGCGCAGGAUAAGAAGAUCCGCGGGUUGUUGAAGAAGAUGCGUGCUAUUGACGAGUUGAAGAUGCGUCUUGCUGGAGGUGAGAAGUUGGAGGAUACGCAGAUGAAGAAGAUCCAGACGGAGGAGGGGGUGCGGAAGGAGUUGGAGGGGUUGGGGUAUAACGGUUGA